AUGGGAUGGAAGUGGAUGGCGACGACGUUGUUUAUGUUACUACAGUUUGCAUCGUUUAUGGUGUUUGUUUGGGGAGAUAGAAGGUUUACGAAGGUCGAAAAUACACAGAAAUUCGAACGCAGUUUCUUCCACAAAGCCAUCAAUUUCUUAUGGCAACUGGAGGAAUCAGGUAUGAUCAUGGGUGCAGCUUUGUCAACUGUUUACUAUAAUCUUAAUCUAAGGCACCCCACUUUGGAUCUGCCCAUCAUCGACUAUGAUUUGGCACUGCUCAUUCAACCAAUGCUCAUGCUUGGCAUUAGCAUUGGUGUGGUCUUCAAUGUUGUAGUUGCUGAUUGGAUGGUCACCAUGUUGCUUCUUGUUCUCUUUUUAGGUACAUCCGCAAAGGCAUUCUUUAAGGGUGUUGAAACAUGGAAAAAGGAAACCAUAAUGAAAGAGGAAGAUGCUAGGAAACAAGAGUCCAAUGGUCUUGGGACUGAAGUGGAAUACAGAGCAAUUCCUAGUGGACCAGAAAAUGGCAUUGCAGAAGGAACCAGAAAAGAAGAGGUGUCUAUGCUUGAAAAUGUGUACUGGAAGGAGUUUGGACUUCUGGCUUUUGUUUGGAUGGCAUUCCUUGCAAUACAGAUUGCCAUGAUUCCAAUUUCUCUUGGGGUAGCUGGAUAUGAGGCAGUUUCCUUGUACAAAGGAAGGAGAGCAAUUUCUUCAGUGGGAGAUCAUGGAAAAAGUUUUACUAUUCUGCAGCUAACUCUAUACUGUUCUUUUGGAGUAUCUGCUGGCAUAGUUGGUGGCUUGCUGGGAAUAGGUGGAGCAUUUGUCAUGGGGCCACUCUUUUUGGAGCUGGGAGUCCCACCUCAGGUUGCAAGUGCCACAGCCACCUUUGCCAUGGUCUUUUCAUCAUCUAUGUCUGUUGUAGAAUACUACCUGCUGAAACGUUUUCCAGUUCCUUAUGCUCUAUACCUUAUUGUAGUGGCUGCAAUUUCAGCCAUUGGAGGUGGAGUUGGCAUUGUAGCAAUGGUGAAAAAGAUUGAAAAUGACGAGUAUAUGGGAUUUGAUGAUCUCUGCAAGUAUAGUUCAUAA